UUAGAAUACUCCAGCCGAGCUGCAGAAGCGGCACAUUCGCGUGUGCGAGAUUGGAGACAAUGGAGGUUUAGAAAAUGGUUGUUGGAGAUUAUUACUUACUUCCAUGGCUGUGUUCCUCUCCCCUUGUUUUCCUUCUAAGUUACAUGUUCCUCGAUACCCACUUCCAGUUCUCUACAGCUCUUUCAAACCAAUCUCCUCAUCAAUUCGAGCAAAACCCAUCUCAGCCACAAUCCCUGCAAGAGAUAGAAUCAUAGAUUUUGGUAAAUACAAGGGCAAAAUGCUCGGCACACUGCCUUCCAAGUACCUCAAAUGGGUCUCUAAAACCCUCAGAGCUCGUGAUUUUGAAGAAUGGUCGAAGCUCGCAGACGAAGUCUUACAGGACCCAGUCUACAGAGACCGAAUAGAAUGGGAGCUCGCAGAGAAUAUCUUGAAUGGAAACAGUUCUUCGAAGGCUUCAGGAAGAGAUAGCUCUGUUUCGGAUCUGCUCGAAAUCAGUGAGAGAUUCAAUUGGAAUAAUGAGGACAAGGUUGGUUGGAGCAGAAUCGAUUUUGCACUUCUUGGGACUUCGAAUGGUGGUCGAAUACCGAGGAAUGGAGAUUCUAGGAAUGAAAAACAGAAGAAAUUUAGGGUUUCUCAGAUUGAAGGAAUGGGUUCAAAGAAUGAAGAAGUGGGUGGUUCAUUGAACAAGGAUUUGGGGCUUCUGGGUAAGGAGUUUAGGGUCUCAAACAGUGAGAACUUGGGUAUGAAGGAUCAGAGGAAGGUGGGUUAUUUGAAGGAAGUAUUAAGGGUUUCUGUGGAUGCAGAAGAGGGUAUUGAAAAUGAGAAUGGUGUCAAGGUGAGAAGGGAAGAGAGGAGGAAGAAACAGAGGUUGAAGAGAGGUCUGCAAGUGCCUAAGCUGAGAGUGGAAAAUGGUGGGAAGAACAGGGACAAAGAAAGAGCUAAUGAUGAUGAAGACCAAGAUCAAGACCAGGCAGUGGAGUACCAUAAUCGAUUUCCUGGACGCGAAGCCCUUCUCAGAAAGGUUCUUAGUAAUAGAAGACCUUUGUAAUCUGUUUUCCCAUUUGAUACAAUUGUACUUAUUCAAGGCUGAUGUCAAUGUGCAUUUGGCCUUACGAAUGGAUUGAAUCUUGAAAGCCUCCCAAUUUUCACCA